GUCAGUCAUUGAGCAAACCAAGCGCUGAGCGGCAGCACUGCACCUAAAACACUGUUUGCGAGCGCCACAUCUACCUUAGAUUCAAUCUCUGCUUUUUCCUCGUUAUUCCUAGACUCAACGCAGAUUCUCCCUCUCAGCGGUACAUGCAACUGAUACCACUCUGAACACAAGAGCUGGGGACAGUCUGCCUCUCCACACAGCAACCUUGCAACGAGGUGUUAACUAGCCUACCUUCCUUUCCAUGCGACUCCGUUAUCUCCGGUGCUUUCGCCAGCCUGCCAUUGAAAAGUUUCGGUUUUGAGGAUAAACGAAAUCUACGACCUUCAAAGGGAUUGUUUAUAUUAACACGGUGACCUGAGGAGGAUGACCCCGCAGUGAGACUGGACCCUUCCGUGAGGACCCACCUUCCCCUGACCUGCGUGUCCAGAGCCGCCUCCCGCAGCCCGGACACCCCGCCCCACUCCUUCUUCUCUCAGCCCCUCCUCUGGGCCCAGGAACCCCCCUCCUCAGGUACCAGGAUGGACCUGCACCGGGCCGCUUUCAAGAUGGAGUCGUCCUCUUACCUGCCCAACCCACUGGCAUCUCCAGCCCUCAUGGUGCUGGCAUCCACCGCUGAGGCCAGUCGCGACGCCUCCAUCCCCUGCCAACAGCCCCGCCCCUUCGGCGUGCCCGUCUCCAUGGGCGAGAAGGACAUGCACCUGCCCUUCAACAACGGCUCCUACACCUUCGCCUCCAUGUACCACCGUCAGGGAGCCGUCCCCGGGGGCUUCCCCAACCGGGACUUCCCCUCCUCCCUGCUGCACCUGCAUCACCAGUUUGCCCCCCCAAACCUGGACUGCUCCCCCAUCAGCAUGCUGAACCACAGUGGGGUGGGGGCCUUCCGACCCUUCGCCUCCCCUCCAGACGACCGUGACGGGGCAGGGGGCUACCAGUCUGCCUUCACCCCAGCCAAGCGCCUCAAAGGCUGCCUGGAUGCAGACGCCUCUCCCCACCUGCGAUACACGGACGCUGAGGGUAAAGAGUAUGACUUUGGGGGGGCACAGAUCCCCUCCAGGUCCCCAAGUGCCCUUAAAGCAGUGGAGGACGCUGGGAAAAAGAUUUUUGCAGUGUCAGGCCUGUUGUCCGACCGCGAGACAUCAUCGAGCCCAGAGGACCGCAUCGAACGCUGUAAGAAGAAGGUGUCUCUGUAUGACAGCCAGGCCCCCAUCUGUCCUAUCUGCCAGGUGCUGCUGCGUCCAGGAGAACUGCAGGACCACAUGGAGCAGGAAAUGGAGCGCCUCACCCACAUGCACCUCAGUAAGAACCCAUCACACGGACACAAGGAUGGCAGUGUGGUUCCAGGAACUCCUAAGUCCAUGCUGUUGUCAGUGCACAUCAAACGCGAGGGAGAGUCACCGGUGGUCUCCCCUCUCUCUUCUGAAGAUGCCCACCACUCCGACAGAUACCAGACAUUUUUACGAGUGCGAGCAAAUAGGCAAACGCGACUGAAUGUCGAUGACCUCUGCUGGUGCAGGCGCUACACCAAGGAAAGUGUCAAAAGUGCUCCCCUUGGACUGCACAAUGGAGGCCCCCUUGCCCCCUGCUGCAUUCGCCACGCCCGGAUUGGGAAGAUGAAGCGCCGGAAGCCAGAGGAUGGGCAGGUAUGUCCACUGUGCAGCGCGCCGCUGGCAGGGACAGAGGAGGAAAUGAGUAGGCAUGUGGAACAAUGUCUGUUCAAGAGGGAGGGUGCAUUUGCUGAGGAUGACUCUGCAGACAUGGAUGGAGAGAACGGGACCCGCUUCGAGGAGUACGAGUGGUGCGGCCAGAAGAGGGUCAGAGCUACCACCCUGCUGGAAGGAGGCUUCAGAGGAACAGGCUUUGCCAUAUGCAGCACGAAGGAGAACCAUGACAGCGACGCCGACCUGGACGUGGAUGGAGACGACACGCUGGAGUACGGCAAGGCCCAGUACACAGAGGCAGACAUCAUUCCCUGCUCCGGAGAGGACCAAGGAGAAGCCAAAGAACGGGAGGCCCUGCGCGGCGCAGUGUUGAAUGGUGGAAUGCCAUCCAACAGAAUAACGCCGGAGUUCUCCAAAUGGGCCAGUGAUGAGAUGCCCUCCACGAGCAACGGAGAGAGCAGCAAACAGCAGCUGCCUCAGGACCCCAACGCUGCCUGCUCAUCCUCCAACGCGCCCCGGACCUGUAAAAACAGCGAAAUAGAGAAGAUCACAGAGGGCUCGAAAGCCACCACGUUCGAAGCACUAAAGGCUCGUAUCCGGGAGCUGGAGAAACAGAUCCUUAGAGGAGACAGAUAUAAGUGUCUCAUCUGCAUGAGGAAGAGAUUCCAAACAGACAGGGCUGAAGACAAGAAUCUGGGCCAAUCGGGGCGGGCCCUCGCGGUAACAGCGCCCAAUGAGAGGCGGGUUGCUGAGAGCUGUUCUAAGCCCCUCCCCCCGCUCAGCAUUUACUGUUUGUAUAGAGGCUACGUUAUGGGCGGCGGCGGGAUUAAACGGCUGCUCCCGCUCCGGAGGGACUCGUACACGAUGCCCCUCACCUCCAUCCAGUGCUGGCACGUCCACUGUGAGGAAUGCUGGCUCAGGACUCUGGGAAAUAAGAAACUGUGCCCACAAUGCAACACCAUCACGUCGCCAGGAGAUCUAAGGCGCGUCUACUUGUGAAGAAGACUACGCCUGCCCUGACUGGGCCUCCAUCUCCAACCCCCUCCUCCCUCCAUUUUUUCCCUCUUCUUAUUUCCAUUUGUUCUCACCGUUUUUGUUUUGGGGUAUGUGAAGCCGCCCUCAUAGCUUAAAGAGACGAGACUGAUGUCUUGAUUGACUCUUCCGAUCAGGGGAGGACUGACUGACUGACUGACUGAUCAACCAACCCGGUUUGAGAACAGAACCGAACCCAGUGGUCCAUUAUGACUGAGUGUUCUCAGAAUGACAAAUAAACCAACCACCCCUCACUGGCUCCCUCCACCCUCCAGCCUGUCCUCUAUUGGUGGGUGGUCCACUCCACACUUCUGGUUCUGUGUGUUUUGAUCCUUUAGCUCUCAGGCGACCCAGCUUUACACUGUUGUGCUACUCAUGGUGCCCCCCUCCCCUGCUUGCCUCAACAUCAUCUCUGCUGAAAGGUGUGUUCAGGUGGGAGGAGGUGGUGUUGUAACUCCCCCCCUUUUACCAUCACUGCUCGCUGUGUGUAGAAAACCCAUCUUGGUUCAAGCCAUCAGGACAGCCAAGCUAGACAUUGAGCUGGCCGCCGGUCGUCACACCCUGCUUGAAGGCCUGGUAAGGGGGAAAGGAAAACAAGCAAUUCUUUGAGCUUUCUACCAAACCCACAACCUCGGAACAUCCAGAGGAUCCUCUUCUUUUCAACCUCUUUUUUUCCUUCCUUCCUUCUUUUGUGGUGUUAAAUCGUGAAGUCAACCAAAUUCCAAGAAUCAGUGCAAGCACAUGUAUAAUAGUGUAUGUUAGUUUACAGUGUUGUGUGUAAAUGACAUAGCGCUUACACUUGUAUACAUAUGUGCACACAUGCUUACACACAUUCACACAUGCGCGCACACACUCACAAAAGUAUAUAUUAAUAAAGUCCAGUUUUUAGUUUGAGUUUUGGGGAAGGGUAGCGAAUGAUGUUUAAUCAAUGUGAAAAAGAAAGCCCUCUGUAUUUUUCAACCGAUGUUGUCAUCUUGAGGUUGAAGUUGUAUUUCAUUGUACAGGAAUAGAUUUAAGUCACAAUAAUAAUAAUAAUAAUAAUAAACUACUCAAAACUAGAAAUUCAAGGUUUAGAUGGUGUACGUUUUUCCUUCAACUAUACAGUAAAAGCUGUCGAAGUUUUAAACCUAAAGCAAGGAGUAUAUGUUUAUUUUAUUUUAUGUUUGUUUUUAUGGAAUGGAACGGUUCAAAUCGCUCUAACCCUAGACGAGGGGAGAUGAUGGCUUUGAAUUGUUACGUAACUGCAACGCUGGCCAAUUGAACAGCUGUUUUCUAAAUCACAACCGGGAACGCAGUUGAGUUAACCUCCACCUCCGCUGCUUGUCCUCAGUUGAACAGCCUACGUGUUGAGUUAACCUCCACCUCCGCUGCUUGUCCUCAGUUGAACAGCCUACGUGUUGAGUUAACCUCCACCUCCGCUGCUUGUCCUCAGUUGAACGUGUUGAUCAUAUCACUUAGCUUUUCUGUUUUGGCCUCCACUCUGAUAAAGCCUCAUAAGAUGCUUCUACUCCAGAAAUGUUUUUCCAUUGUGCGACCCAGCCAGGCUUCCAACCUGGCAACUCGUCAAGGCAGGUCCUUCCCAUCUGUGAAGGAAGGAGCGGUGGGCCGACAUGUUGGCCCAGCCCAGCCCACUCUGACUGCCCAAGCCCAGUUACUGAACACUUCCCCACAGCAAGGUGUUGUGCUUUGUAGUUGUAAAACGAUGUAUCCUGUGAUGUCUGUAUUGAUGUAAGCUGACAAAAAAGAAAGAAGAAAUUAAAGGUUUAUGACUGAAUUCAAACCCCCAAUGAAAACCCUGCAGAUAUAUUACAGGGUUAAAGUUCCCUGUCACUGGGACGGGUUUCUGUCAUGGAUUAUUUUUUUCUUUGUAUUUUUUUCUAAAAUCUUGAAAAGGACUGGAAUUGGUCAAACUCUCAAAUUAUCCUCUUUUCCUAAAUGCAUGAUGGUCAUGAAAGGGGAGGUUAAUUUGCCCCAGACAAUCGAUCUGAGAUCGACUUAAGUUUCAGUCAUGGGAUUUUUUUGUUGCUUUAACCCCUGUAAAUUAACACACGUGCAGAACAGAAAUGUAAAAUGUUCAGUGAAGGGGAACAAUAGAUGAUGGCUUUAAUCACAAAUGCAAAGCGUUGGAUAUUUAUUUCAGUCCAGACCUUCUGGUUUCCAUUCACGUCCAUGUUCUUCAUGGACUAGCGUUUUCAGAACUGUCUCCAGUUUAGUGUUCAUUGCGUUUUUUGUUUAGGUCUAAGAUUGUCUUUGAUCAUAUCCCUCCAUUGUGGAUUUAGAUGCUAUUUUACAACCAUUAUUUGAGUCAUAAUGAUGGCUGCAUUGUAGACACACAGCAGAUUUGUUUUCAUAAAAGCAGUAUACAACAUCUUUAGUAAAAUAUUAUUGUUCCUCUAAAAGGAAUGUUCUGGAGCAGCCUGUUAGAAGGGAUGAUCACAGGCUCGUAGAACCUCAAAGGAUCUGUAGAACAAUUCCACAUUGUUACAAAGAUUUUUUCCCAAUACCUCUGUUCAUUCAUACAGUACAUGUAUGUAUAGGUUUUUGUUCUAGUUUCACUUUGUAGUCACUUGUACAGGUAACCAUGCAUAGGCAAAUGAACACAUAGAGCUGUGCUAUGGUAUGUGUGGGGCACCUUUGAACCCAUAAUAGGAUGUUUGAGCUUACUGCACCUGUGUGACAAGACAAGUUCUGUGAAUCUGCUUCACAACACUGUUGAGAAUUAAGGGUUAAGGUCUUCUCUCACUUUGUGGUUCCUUCCUUCAACUGGAGAUUUAUUUCAACCUGCCCCAAAGAUGACAAAUUGCACAAGAUGAUUGUGUCAAAUAAUUUGUGUCUUGUAUAUUCUUGAAAAUGGUACGUGUCUUUCCCGUUUGUAAACUACAUUUGACAUUAAUUAAAUGAUUGUAAAUCAGAA